GACCAUCAUCGAAAACUAAAAGCUCAAAAAUGCCACACUCGAGAAACUCAAGCACACACUCACACUUCAUUAGAGAAAACAGUCCACCUAGUGAGCCAAUCGGUUUGGGUGCUGAUAGAAUAGAAGAAGGUGCUGGACACGCGGAGGAAGCAGAGGAGCACAACUUUAGACUCGCUUCAGCCUUCGAUAUCCCACCAGCAUAUGAAGAGAGAAAGGGAAGAUCACACCAACGUUCACACUCUAGACAGCACGACAGAAGCCAAAGCAGACAGUUCAGAAGUCGCAGCAGACACGCCAGCAACCCAAACAGUGCAGCUAAUUCACGCAGAGCGUCUCCAGCCGCUCCUGCUUCUCGUAAUCAAAGCCAAGAACCGGAAGUUUCUCAGCAUAGCCAACAACAACAACACCCACACGAAUCUCACCAACGCAAUAAUAGCGAAAUACAGGGUGUUUCCCAAAAUCUCCCAGAAUUGGGUUACGGUCAAUCUAAAAAUGGACACUCACAUGAAUCCAACGCUGGUGUUGAACGUAAACGUAGCCAAUAUAUGGGCAUUGGCGCUGAUAGGAUUGAUGAGGGUAAAGGAGGUGCUAGCAUGGGACAAUACAUGCAGUUCUCUAGCGAUGGAAGAUAAUAAUGAUCUGAUUUAUAAACCCACAUAUGAC